GUUUGAAGUAUGGCAGAUUCAUGAUCUGAAGCCGUGGCUAUAUGCCCGGCUGGAGGGCCCAUGUAAAUGAACCUAUCAGAUCCUGCUAUGUAAUGGUGAAUCCACGGCAGUGACAGCUCUUCAUCAUUAUAUCCAGAUGCUGAAGCUGUACAGCCGACCGGCAAGAGCCACUGUGCCGUGAGAAGACUGAUCUGUGCAGAAGACAUCAUGUAAUAUAUCCACCCGCCAAGUCGCCAUAAAUCCACUACUGGGCGUCACCUGAAACCUGAGACAAGAAACCUGGAGACAUCCCCACGGCGCGGACGUAGUGAGGUGGAUCGAUGGGAAGACCUGGACGUACAGGACAGGUGUAGUAGUGGUGGACUACACGUCAGGGGACGCACACGUCUGGCCCCCCGCCUCUACAGAGACAUGGCACCGCUCAACCGGAUGGCACGGACCCGGGUCUUUCUUUUCCUCAUCAUAUGCACGCAGUAUACACAUGCAGCAUUUCCUCAGAAUGUCCCCAUAGGAGCCAUAUUUUCCGACCAGUCCAGAGAAGAGACCACCGCCUUCCGAAACAGACUGGACAUGUUAAACAAAGCCAAGGAUGCCUCCUUCAAGAUCGUCAGCGAACCAAAAAUCGUCGACACGUCCAACAGCUUUAACAUGGUGAAUGCAGUUUGUUCACAAAUCAAGAGAGGCAGUGGCGGCGUGUACGCAAUAUUCGGCAUGUAUGACAUGCCUGCACUGGACGCCGUACAGGACUACUCCAGAAACCUACAGGUGAGUUUCAUCACGCCCAGCUACCCACCUGCCUACAGCAAGGGGUCCGACUUUGUCGUGUACAUGAGACCCAACCUGGCCCGGCCUGUGGUGGACCUCAUCAACAAAGUCUACAAGUGGACAUCCUUCACAUAUGUAUACGAUGAUGACGAAGGUCUGUCUUCAUUGGAGCAAGUCAUGGACCUUGUCCAGAUGAAAGACACAGAGGUGACUGCACGGAAGUUAGAGGGGGUGGAUAAUGCUAACGCCACCAUCAACACCAUCGAUGCUGAAGGGGAGAGGAAAGUCAUCAUCGACCUGGACAGGAGGACCACUGAAGCUCUGAUGAAAAAGAUCAGUGAAAGAAACAUGUGGACAUCUUACUACCACUAUAUCUUCAUGAACCUGGAUUUCCAUUUGUUGAACAAAGCGAACCUGACAUUCGGACAAGCCAAAGUCACCAGCUUUCAAAUCGUGGAUCCACUCAGAGAUGACAGCAGAGAUUUCCAAAAGAUCGGGAAGAACAUUGGGUUCAAAGCAGCUCUAACGUACGAUGCCGCUGGCAUCAUCUCCAGCGCAUUCACCAGUCUGAAGCAGGACAGAGCCGACAUCAACCUAUCAGACGUCACUUCUCCUGCCUGUGAGAAGGACGACAACAUCUGGCGGUUCGGGGACAAAAUCAGAAGCAGCUUACAGAAGGUUAAGACGAUGGGUGUGACCGGAUGGGUUCAGUUUGACAAGUUCGGUCGCCGAGACAACUACACGGUGCACUGUCUGGAGCUCCAAAGUCGCCACAUGAUACCGGUUUGGAGAUGGAGAAAUUCACAACUGACGAAGGUGGAAGUGAAGUUACCGACACCGAAGACCACGACUCCUCUUAGGGACAGAGUCUUGAGGGUCACGUCCAUCUUUGAACCACCGUACUUGAUGAACAAAAGCGCAGAAGAGAUAGCCAAAUGCCCACGAAACAAUGUCAACUGCCAAUACGAAGGGUACGCCGUUGACAUGCUCGAAGAAAUUGCAAGAAUCGUCAACUUCACCUACAAAAUCCACAUCGUCGCGGACGGUACGUACGGCGCAGAAAACGAAACGACUGGAAAGUGGACUGGGAUGGUUGGUGAAUUGAUUGAAGGGAAAGCUGAUCUCGCCGUGGCACCACUGACAAUCACCUUAGUACGAGAGCGUGUCAUCGACUUCUCCAAACCAUACACGAGUACAGGCAUAAGCAUCAUGAUCAAGAAGCCACAAAAGUCCAAACCUGGAGUCUUUUCCUUUCUAGAUCCUCUGGCCUAUGAGAUUUGGAUGUGCAUAUUGUUUGCCUACAUAGGAGUUAGUGUAGUUCUUUUCCUUGUGAGUCGAUUCAGUCCAUAUGAAUGGCACCCGGCGGAGUCGUGUGGGGUGGGUUCUGAUGAAGACGAGCAGACCAAUGAUUUCGGCAUCUGGAACAGCCUGUGGUUCUCACUGGGCGCGUUCAUGCAGCAAGGAUGCGACAUUUCGCCAAGAUCAAUUUCCGGAAGGAUAGUAGGAGGCGUGUGGUGGUUCUUCACCCUGAUCAUCAUCUCCUCCUACACCGCUAACCUGGCCGCGUUCCUGACGGUGGAACGAAUGGUCACCCCGAUCGAGUCUGCUGACGACCUUGCCAAGCAGACGGAGAUUCGAUAUGGAAUAGUGAAGUCUGGAUCGACAGAGGCGUUCUUUAAAUCCUCGACGAUUCCUGUAUACCAAAAGAUGUGGAACUUCAUGAGUAAGGCGGAGCCGAGUCCGCUGAUGAACAAUAACAAUGAGGGAAUCAUGAACGUGCGACAGUCGAAGGGAAAAUACGCUUUUCUACUGGAAUCUGCCAUGAACGACUACAUCGCCCAGCGCAAGCCUUGUGACACCAUCAAGGCGGGAUCUAACUUAGACUCCAAGGGUUAUGGCAUUGGCAUGCCUAAAGAGUCGCCAUACAGGUACAUGCACAAGAUAACUCUUGCUGUACUGAAGUUAAGGGAGGAUGGCAAACUGCAAAAUCUGGAGAACAAGUGGUGGUACGACAAAGGGGAGUGUGGCCCCGUGGAGAGUACAAAGAAAGGAGAGACAAGUGCUCUCAGUCUCAGCAACGUGGCUGGUGUUUUCUACAUUCUGGUGGGAGGUCUGGGUCUGGCUAUGAUGGCAGCCCUGUUGGAGUUCUGCUACAAGUCCAAAGUAGAAGCCAACAAGUCAAAGGUAAAAAACCGGAUGUCGGUCAAAGGUGAAAACGGCAGAGUUCCGUCUCCGACUGACCCGUUCCCGAAGUCCAUGUCUUCGGUGCCCAUUACAAGACCAAGCGGUGUAAGUCUCUAUGAAAUGAGUUACACUUAGCCAAACAGGGCGAACAAGAAAUACAUCGCGGAAUGACAGUGUUGAUCGAGUGGCCAAAGGAAUUUUUUUUCCUUUAACGGGACACAUGUAAUUCGUAAUCCAACGAGAAGGCAAAGGUUUUAAUGCUAUAGAAGUAGGCAACACUUAGAGAAAGAGUCCUUAAAAAGAUGGUGAUCCAACAGACCGUAGAAGAGAUUUCCACGUCUACUGCAGCCAAAAAGAUUAGGCUUCUUCAUGGCACGGCUAUUAGGAUGAUUAUUACUACAUAAGCAAGUGUUGUGACCAAAACUUGAUUAGUCAAUGUAGCAUCCUUGGUACCUCAGUACUAGACGUGUCAGUGAUCAGUAGGUAAAAUGAGAUAUUAGCACUCAAAGAACGUGUAAGAGAGCAACAUGCUUGGCGUCAACAACUCAUAUAAGUCUCGACGUCAAAGUGUGUAAUUUCGUACAUGUUGUUUGGAUUUCAACUUAGAACCCUCUAAUGUUCAAUGCAAAGGCUAAAGCAAUCAUUGAUGAGCAUGUGGCGCGGCAUGUUGAGAAAAUAUAUAUAUUAACAACUGGUGUAGAAAUGUGCCAUCGUUCAAAGUGUUCAGUUCUGCAUGUCUUCACGUAAUGACAAUGUAUACGUACUGCAAAAAACACAAGAUAUAAAUCAAAUAUCUAAAUAUAAAAGGUAGCUACUAGAUAUAUACAGAGCACCUUUAUCAAAACCCUUUGUAUAGUGUAAUGUAAUGUAUAAUAUAAUUGUAUUGUAUUGUAUUGUAUUGUAUUGUAUAAAGUAAUGGUAAAGCUAACAUGAUGACGUGAGUGUUCAACUGUAAUAAUCUUGCACUCGAAAUUGCCAGUAACCAAGACUAUUAGUAAAACGCCUGCCUAUACAAAGUUCUCUGAUACCAAUGGUCAGAAGUGUCUAAUUGUUUAAAAUGUCCAUGUUGUACCAAUAUAAUAUUUGAAAAUAUUUGAUAGCUGAAUUAUGAUCGUUUUGUCGUGAACUAUGGGGUCUUUAUGUGUACAGUACACCACUGUUCGGCCCAUCUAUUUUAAUAAACGGAAGACGUAUUCAA